UAAGCCCUCUUUCAUGAGCCUUUUCAUUAUCAAUUCAGCCAUCAAAAGUCUCUCUUAUUUACUUUCUUUUUUCCAAUCUUCCAAACAAAAAAAUGGCAAUAAUCAGUACUAAGAAACUCAUCAAAAUGGUUAGGAAAUGGCAGAAGUUUGCAGCCAUGCAAAGGAAGAGGAUUUCAUUUCCAAGAAAUGGUAGUGAUGCAGACAGUUGCAGUACAUCAGCAUCCUCUAUUGUUGAAAAAGGCCAUUUUGUAUUAUACACAAUCGAUCAAGUACGCUUUGUGAUUCCCUUGGCUUAUCUUGAAAAUGAGUCCAUUCAGCAACUUUUAAACAUGUCCGAAGAAGAAUUUGGGCUGCCGAGUGGUGGUCCUAUUACAUUACCUUGUGAUUCAGCCUUCAUGGACUACAUCAUUUCUCUAGUUAAGAAAGGCGUAACUGCAGGAGAUCUUCACAAAGCAUUGCUCCUCUCAAUUCCUUCAUGUUGCUAUUCAACUUCAUAUUCACACCAAGAAAGUGGAAACCAACUACUUCUUGUUUGUUGAGUUAUAAUCAACAUCUUUUUUAAUACAUGAUAGCUCAAAAUAGUUUUUAGAUACAGCAUAGACUGAAGAACACAAUUGUAAAGCACAUCAUACAGAUUGAAUAUUAUUUUAUCAGAAAAUUUACCAUAUAUA